AUGAAUAUCGAACAAUUUGUUCACAUUACCUUUCAGUUACUUCAAACAAUAACACUACUUAAGUAUCAAAAUAAGACAUUAGAUCUACGCACGCACAGAGAGGGAUCAAUGAAUUUAUUUCUUAAAUUAUGUCGGGCCGUGCUCGAGACACAAGUGUUUCGUUCUCUGAAGAGUCGGUUUGAUGACGGUGAUGCAGAAUCGCCGCUCGAUUUCAUCUAUGUUCAAAACACGCGUUUCUUGCUAAGCUUCGUAGGCUCCUGGCCUCACAAGCAAUUCGGGCGGCCUCGUUUGGGCCUCAUCCUGUCCGUGUACAAUCUUCUCCUGAUAGUCGUCGCUGUAUCUCUACCCAGUUUGGGCGGGGCCUACAUAUGGUACAAAAGAGAGACCAUCUCCUUUUUCGAAAUGGGACUCGUGCUUUUAUGUAUGUUCUUGGAAUUUUUAUUUUUGCAAAGAUUAUUCACUGCUCGGACGGACAAAUAUCAGCAGAUAAUAAAAUCUUACUUACUCGAAUUUCACCUAUUUUACUUCAAGAAUCGAUCGCCAUACGCUACUAAGAUUUACAAGCAAAUGCAGAUUGUAUCAAGGAUAUUCACCAUCAUCGUUCCAUGUAUCAUAUUAUCCGGCGUCACCCUUUUCAAUUUCACGCCAUGGUACGCCAACUACAGGAGCGGAAUGUUCGGCCCCGACCGCCCGCCUAACACAACUUUUCAACACGCUGUGUACUUCCAUUGCUUCACUGAAGACGUCUAUACAACCUUGAACGCCUACUGGAUACUCUUCAUAUUCAACAUCCCCAUCUCUAUCCAUACCACCUGUGGUUUGUUGGCCUUUGACCUUCUUCUUUGUCUGAUUGUCCUCCAAAUUAUGGGGCAUCUUAAAAUUAUGAAGCAUAGUUUGUCAAAUAUCACUCGAAAAGCUGACAUGUACUCGGCAGAGGAGAACAUGCGAGUGCGAGAAAGUUUGAAAGAUAUCGUCGUACACCACAACAUAAUUAUUAAGUUCGUGAAUAAAUGCUCAGACACAUACAGCGAAUAUCUGUUCGCAUUCUACUCGCUCAUGCAGAUCCUUAGCAUUAUAUCAUUGUUGGAGGUGGCCGCAUUCACCCCAGAGGCCCUGGCAAAAUACGGGCCGUUAACUUACGCGUUACAUCAACAGCUGAUCCUAGUCUCGAUACUUUUCGAAAUGAUUAGUUCCAGGAGCACGGAAUUGAUCGACGCCAUAUACGAUAUACCGUGGGAAUGUAUGGACACAAGAAACCGCAGGACGGCGAUGGUGUUACUGAUGCGUGCGCAGACGCCGGUCACACUGAAGGCUGCUAAGAUGGUGCCCGUCGGAGUCACAACUAUGUCAGCGGUCCUGAAGACUUCAGCAUCCUAUUACAUGGCGUUGAACGCCGUAGCUAAGGAACGACAGAUGGACCAACGCUAGAACACACGGAUAAAAAUAUUUAUAUGCUGUUGUAUUCUAUUCUAUUCUGUUCUACUCUGUUCUAUUAUAGUUCUUGUGGCCUUUUUAUAUGUAUUUUAUUAUUGUUUUCAAUGUGUUUUUAUAUUUUACUUUUAUAUUCAUAUUUUAAAAACCCUAGCCUAAGAAGGAUGAUGAAUAAAGAGAAUAAUAAUAA